CAGCUGGCACGUGCCAAGGCUUCGGUCACACAGGGCAGGGGCAUGGGGGGUGCACACCAUCGCCGAGCACAAGGAGAGGGCACAGUGGAGGGGCUGGAGUCACCAGAGUGGCACGUGGUCCUGUGGACCGGAGCUUGCAGCUGAGCCCGUGGGAGAGCAGCAUCGUGGACCGGCUGAUGACGCCCACCCUGUCCUUCCUGGCGCGCAGCCGGAGCGCCGUGACGCUGGCUGGGAACGGCAAGGAGCAGGUGCCCGUGUGCCCUUCCGGCUCGGCCUCCGCCAGCCCCCUCAGCCCCUGCCAAACCACCGGCUGGCCGCAACGCGUGGGCUGGGCGCGGGCGGAAGGCGGCAACCCCGCCAGCCCCGAUGUGACGCCGGCGCCGCACGGAGCCGAGCCCUCGCCCAAGAAGAAGGAGAAGAAGGAGAAGGACCGGGAGAACGCCAAGGAGCGCAGCGCCCUGUCCCGCGAGCGCAGCCUCAAGAAGCGGCAGUCGCUGCCGGCGGCACAGCCCCGGCUCCUGCCUGCGGCCGACAGCAGCCCGGGCCCCAAGAACCGUCCCUCGUCACCUGCCACCCCCAAGAACCGUCCCUCAUCCCCUGCAACCCCCAAGAACCGUCCCUCGUCCCCUGCCACCCCCAAAGCCCGCCCAGCGGUCCCCCAGCCCGGCCCCUCAGGCUCUCCCCAUAAGCCUCCCCUGCCCCGCAGCGCCCACCCUCCCCAAGUGCGGGCCAAGGGCGGCGGGAGGGAGCGGGGGAGCAAGAGGGGCCGGCGAAAGGCACGGAGAGGAAGGAAGGAGGAGCGGGGGCCCGGCGCCCCCAGCCCUUCCGAGCCCCCCAAGGUGCCCGCAGAGCCGACGGGGUCAGCCCCAUGCCAGCCCCCCGCCCCGGUGCCGGCAAGCCCCCCCAGCCUAGAACCCCCCGCCGGCCCAACGGACCGAGAAGGAGCCGCCCGCUUGCCUGGCGGAGAAGCGGAGACCAGGCCGCGGGAGCAGCGGGAGCGUGAGGCAGCGGGAACCGCGCCGGGAGCGAGGAAGGAGCAGGAGCGGCUGGGUGGGCUGCGCCCCUUGGGCCCGCGGGCCCGGUCCCCUGCAGUGCUGAGGGCCCUCUUCCCGCAGGCGGGCGCAGGAGAGCGGGCGGCGAGGAAGCAGAGCCGGAGGGAGGCUGGGCACGGCGGAGGGAUGAGGAGGGCGGCGGCUGCAGGAGGAGCGGAGAGGCCCCAGAGAGAGCCGCGGCGCGAGGCGGGUAGUAAGACGGAGCGGCUUGCAGAGAACAGGUCGGGGUGA